AUGGGGUUCAAGUUAGGGUUAAGACCAUUUAUUGGUGUAGAUGGCACAUUUCUAAAACGGAAGGCCAAACGUCAAUUGCUAGUUGCUGUUGGACAAGAUGCACAAAGCCAUUUUUAUCCUUUAGCAUGGGCAGUUGUUGAUAAGGAAAAAAAACAUUCUUGGAACUGGUUCCUACAGUUGCUUCAGGGAUCUCUAGACCUUAAGGAAGGAGAAGGAAUCACCUUUAUGUCAAACAUGCAAAAGUGGUGUUCAUGGUGUACUUAUGAAGAACACUUCAAAGACCAACUAAGCAAGCUAGGAGAGUUGAACGAAGAUGCAGUAGAGAGUUUAUUGAAGUACCCACCACAGUCUUGGUGCAGAGCUUAUCUAGAUACAGUUUGCAAGAAUCAGUCAGUUGACAACAAUUUGACUGAAUCAUUCAAUUCAUGGAUUCUUGAAUCAAGGCAAAAACCAAUCAUUAAGAUGUUGGAAGACAUAAGACUCAAAGUUAUGAAGAUGAUAACAAAACAUGAAGCUGAAGCUAGUACAUGGAGCAAUGAGUACAGUCCAAAGAGCCUAGAAUUAUACAAUGAAUUCAUGGAGAUUGCUCAAGUGUGUAAAGUUAAUUCCAAUGGAGAAGGAGGAUAUGAAGUUAGUGAAGGAGCUGACAAGCAUUGUGUCAACUUAAGCAUAAAGAAGUGCACCUGCAGGGCAUGGGAACUUACAGGAAUCCCAUGCCCUCAUGCUAUUAGAGCUAUACUUCACAACAGGGGUGACCCUUUGACAGAGAUGCGCUGGUGGUACAGUAAGGAGGCAUUCCUACUUACUUAUACACACAAGCUCCAACCUGUUAGAGGAGAAAAAUUUUGGAAAAUUGACCCAUCACAAGCAAUGGAGCCCCCAGAGUUGGUGAAGUUGGCUGGCAGGCCAAAAGUUAAGAGGGAUAAGCAGAAGGAUGAGGCAGUUAAAAGGCAAGGAGUGUGGUCACAGUCCAGAAAAUGUAGAGUCAUGACUUGUGGCAAAUGUGGUCAACCAAACCAUAAUGCAAGAACUUGUGAUCAGCAACCAAAGGGAAAGUAG